GACCAUCAGAGCUGCCCUUUUGAAACCCUCGGGACCAUCGUGUUGGCAAUGCCCAGGCAAUGAAGGUUUCUCCAGUCAUGCUGCUCAAAAGGACCUUGCUGAACCUUCUCCCAGCAGUGCUGGCUCAGAGCAUCUCUCGAGUUCACGGAUCUGAUGAAGCCGGAGAUUGCUCAGCCGAAAUUCACGUUCCGAGCCGCUCCCGGUACAGAGCCCACGUCGGGGGCUCUCUGUCCCUGGAGUGCCCAGUUCGGUACUGCCAGACAAAGCCACUCCUGCAGUGGUGCAGGAUGGAAGGAGCCACCUGUGUGCAGCUGGAGAGGGGCCAAGCAGGAUGGAAGUCGGACUCUGUGUUCGCUCUGGAGAUCUCCCCGGUCCAUCGGAAUGACACCGGGCGCUUUCGGUGCCAGGCCAAAGGGGUCAACUUCUCCAUUGAGAGCCACGAAAUAAAGGUCAUCGUUGAAGAGAAGUCUGUAAACAUCACAGUUUCACCAGAAAAUACCACCAGAAUCUCAGAAGAGUCUCAACAAUCUGGGGACUACAACAUAUUGCACAUUAUUUAUGCCUCAGCACCCGUGGGCCUGUGUUUGUUCAUCAUUGGAUGCACGUUUUGGUGUCUAAAGAGGUGCCAUGCAAAGCAAAAGAGAACUCCACUGGCACAACAGAGACAAGAGAGCCUGGUCAGGAGCCCAGCAGCUGCUCCACCCCCCGGUGCUGGAACAGCACAAGCUUCAGAAGAAAGCCCCUCACUCUAUUGUCCCAUGGCCAGCCCACCACAGGCCUUGAAGGACAACGCAAUUUACGACAACGACGUCCCUCCCUGGAACGCUCAGAGGAGAGCACUUCACCCACCCUGCAGCUUUCCCGGUGUCCCUUCCAUCCCAGUUUUACCUGAAAGCCCAGAUGCCCUCACCUAUGCUGCACUGAACCAUUCUGCCCCUGCAGGAAGAUGGCAGAGAAGGGAACGAGCCCCAGUAAAUGAAGUUACAGAAUAUGCCUCCAUCAACGUGCACCGAUGAACACGGCCAGGACUGCUGCAAACAACUACAUUGCAGUCUCAGUUCCAGCAUCCCUCCAGGAUGUUCAUUUCUCUCUUGGGAGAGCUUCCUUUUAUUAAGAAGGACCAGUGGAUGCUCUGCUGCAACGCCAGAAUUCAAAACACAGCCCGUGUCAAUGGGUGGGUAUUUGCACUGUGUGUUUGUCUCUUAAAUAUUGGAAUAAAACCAGUCAGCUUUUUUUUUUUCCCUUUCUUUUUAAUUUUUCCCCAGUAUUCUGCUUCUACUAUGGCUUGAAUAACCACAAAGGGGAGAAAGGAAAGGUUUUCCUAGGAUAGAAACAUGCAAAAGGAACCUGUGAGGAAGAUGAAACUGAGUCAGGUUCAUUUCUCCCAAGUAAAAGUUGGUGGGAGAAUUUUUCUCUGAGUUUCUAAGGACACUCUUCCAAGGGUGCAGCUUUUCAAUCCAGUUCACUCUACCUCCUUGCAGAGUUCUUUGAGCACCAUGAAUGUCUAAAG